GCAGCACACACGCAGUCUAACAGACUGGUUAAAGAGGAGACGCCAUACCUUUGUGUCUGGUCACGGUGAACAUACCUCUCACCCUAUUGGAUGUUCGUGUGACGUCGCAGCCGGUGGCGACACGAAACGGGUAGUUGUUGUGUUUACCACUACGUUUCAGAACGAGUGAGUGUGGCCAUUACAUCGAGCCGUCCGGGACGAACCGGCAGUAGAAUACACCUGUGUGUUUGAAUCAAUUCACGGAGUAUCAUUGUGUUGUGGGAUUUACAAGCCAAGCUUUCACUGUCACGAACACCAUUCGUUGGGAUGAGGAUCAUAUGAGCCACUGUUGAGGAACCGGCGUUAAUACCCGUGGAAACAUAUAGUGCAGGCUCACGCCCUUGAUCCAAAUCAUCAGAAUGGCAACAGAGGCUCCUCAUAGGAUAUUCUUCCAGUGCGUGUACAACUGUGCUUGCAAACAAAAAUUCCUGUUUGUGCUGAUGAUGUUUACAGUCGUUAUCAUCGUGAUCAACCUGACAUCAUUGAAAUAUACACCUCUAAUGGUGUACCAACGGGUAUUUAGUUCCAAAACGAUGAACAGCAGCGCUGAUGGAUCCCCUGUGGAACAAGAUAACCCCCCUGCUGAACAAGAUAACCCCCCUGUGGAACAAGAUAACCCCCGUGGUGAACAACCAACAUUUUAUAGCCCUAAAUGUAUAUAUCCGGGUAUAUGUCGCGUGCCAACUAAAAAUAAAACUGUGUAUUUCAAUUAUACUCGGAGUCCGACAUUUUACGAAAAACUCAACGAAACUGUAGACUUUAAUAGGUCAACAACUCAUAAGGAAUCCGUGGUCCCUAAUAUUGUUCAUGUAACGUGGUACGGUGGCCCCAAGAGAAACACCUUUCUUUUUCACCAUUUAAUAUCCUUGUUGUCAGUCCGUACUGUCCUCAAACCAACACGCAUCCUGUUUUGGUGUGACCUCAUUCCGGAAGGAACAUAUUACGAGCAGACAAUGGAACGAGUCCCUGAGAUUGUUCACGUGGUACGGAAUCCUCCAACCGAAAUCAUGGGACGCACCAUCAAAGUUCCUGAACACCAGUCAGAUAUUGUCAGACUGGAAGCCAUCUUGGAGUACGGAGGAAUAUACGUUGAUCUCGAUGUGAUUGCCGUUAAGUCAUUCAAGCCCCUGUUUCACUUCGACGUGACAAUGGGGUACGAGACUCCCGACGGCCUCUGUAACGGCAUCAUGGUGGCGAGGCCGUGGGCUGACUUCAUGAAGAUUUGGUAUAAGGAGUACAAGACAUUUGAUGACAAGGUCUGGGGUUACCAUUCCGUCCAACUCCCGGCCAAGCUCGCACACAAGUACCCCAACCUAAUCCACACAGAGGCCACCUCCAUGAACCACCCAAAUCCGGGAGAGAGCUUUGCGCUUCAGUAUGGGGCAAAACCUUUUGACUGGCAGAAUAAAAACUAUGCAGUACAUACCUGGAUCCGAACGCAGUUGAUUGCCCAUAAAUUGAACGCAUUGUCAAUAAGGACGUGGGAUUGUGCAGCAGGAGAAAUGUUUCGAUAUUUCUACUUUGGAGACAAGGCCCUUAUACCACCCAUUGAUUAGUGCGAGUCUCAAGACAACAGUAGAGUCAAACAUUAUGUUUUACAGGUUUUAGUGAGUGAAUUUAGUUUUAAGCCGCACUCAGCAAUAUUCCAGCUAUAUGGCAGCGGUCCGUAAAUAAUCGAGUCUGGACUAGACAAUCCAGUGAUCAACAUCAGGAACAUCAGCCAAGUCAGCAAGCCUGACCACCCGAUCCCGUCAGUCGCCUCUUACCCAAGCAUGGGUUACUGAAGAUCAGUUGUAACUCGGAUCUUCACGGGUUUUUUUCAAGAUUUUAAUAGAUGAAUGAAGCAAAGGGGGUUCGGGUGAUCCUGGUGGGUUGGUUUUUCGUUAUUCGUUUGACGUUAUUCACUCUAUACCCAUCAGAUCUAUCAAAUAUAAGGUAACAUAAUAUGUGUCUGUAUCCAAACAACUGUUUAGUUAUUUAGCUCUUAUGGUAUGUUAUAUUUGUUAUCCUAUAUUUGAUCGAAUUGAUGGACAUAAACGGAAUAACGAACCAGGUACAGGUAAACGUUUCGUUUUAUGCCUGUAAAAGGAACAUAGGUUUCAGUGUGCAUGACCACAACACUGUAGAUGUUUCGUGUGCAGCCUUUGCAUAACGAACCUGCUGCUGGCAUGCUAUUCGACAUUUGAAAAAACCGAAUAACGGACACGAACCCGCUGCUAACUUCACUCAGGCAUGUUAGGAUUAUCAGCUCCGGUACCAUUCACCCCAGACAGCGAAUGGGAGGUAUCCAAAGAAUCACUGUCAUGUCAAACCCACAUAGAACCUUUUGAAGAAUAUGUAGACUUUCAGUCCUGCAGCUGUUUGUCUUACCCAGAAUCUCCCGGUGGGGUGCCAGGGCAUGUUCCUGAUCUGCCCAAGAUAUCAGAGGGUAGCAAACUAAGGGCACCGAGAACAGUGGACCCUUAAAAGCAUAUUUGUCAUGGCGCCCUGUGCGUGUUCGGGCUCGCACUAUAGGUGGACCUCGUGAUAGUUAUAAUGUUAUAUACUCUGCAAGAACGUCAAACGCAAAAGUGGUUUUCCAAUGUAUACCUAAUGUAUUAUACAAAUAUUCAACAGAUUUACAAUACGUUGUUCAUUUGUGGCACAAGCUAUUGUCAUUCACCGAGGUUUAUCAUGACACACAUGAAACAAUCGAAUGUCAAGCGGAAGGUCAUGUUCUCGAUGUCUUGCCUGGCUCCCAUGGGAGUCCAGAAGUGUCUGGCAUCGUCACCCCAUGGGACAAUCACAUUACAAAUUGUGGCCUGGGGAAUGUUCACCGUCUCUUCCUGCAGGGCGUGUGCCAACUGUUGGAGGCUCUAUUACUGUUGGUCUCACGUGACCACGGUCAGAAAUGUUCCGGAGACCUGGGGGGCCAUGGCAGAACUUGGAUGUUGUGGCUCCU